UUUCCUAUUCUGGCAAACAGCGCGGGGAAAUUUGGUGUCAAUAGAAAAGAGACUCCUGGACACUAAAACUAUACAUUAUUUUUAGAUAUUUCUCAACCUUUACUGCCAUCUACUGAACCGUACGUAUUUUCUAAAACCUUCUGCUAAAAUGCGUACACUGGAGGAGGUUCAGGCCACGCUGCAAAUCGCUAAACUUAAAGAAGAGGACUUGCAGACAACCAUUCACUGUUUGUCCUUUGGAGAAAAUGUUUCGUCUGCAGACUACUGCCUGAUGGAGCUGGAUGACACCUUGUGCAAACAGAUUGAAGCUGGUCAGAGUCUAGUGAUUCGUGGGGAUAAGGAUGAACGUGCAGUGUUGUGCAGUGGAGAUAAAACGUAUGAUUUAAAGAUUGCUGACACUUCAAACCUUCUGCUUUUUGUACCUGGAUGUCAAACCCCAGACCAGCUCCCAAACAACCUGGACAGCUCUCACUUGGUCCAUACUCAGAUCUGGGGGUUUUGUAACAGCUACUGGGAACUGCGUAAACGGCGUCCAAAGCUGAAGAAACUAAAGAAACUUUUGAUGGAGAAUCCUUAUGAAGGACCUGCCAUCGGAGGACAAGAAGAGGUCGCAGAAAACCAAUACACAAUGUUUGAUCUUUUGGAGCGGAUACAAGCCAGUGAAGCAGAAAUCAAGGACAAUUUGAAGGCUAUCCACGCUUGUGAAAUAAAUGGAUGCUGGCGUUUGUUGGACUUUGAUUAUGAAAUGAAGCUUCUUGGUCAUGUGUCUCAGCUGGUGGAUUCUGAAUCAUGGUCUUUCAAUAAAGUCCCCCUUCAAAACUGUUUGGAAGAAUUAGCUCCUCUUGAACCAAAGGAAAUGAUAGAACACUGCUUGAACUGUUAUGGGCAUCGCUAUAUUGAAAAUGACCAAAUUCUUUAUUCACUUUAUGAGGACAAAAUCUGUCAAGCCCUGGCUCUGCUGUUACUGCAGAAUGCUGUGAAAUUCAACUUAAAAGAGUUUCAGGAAGUCUGGCAGCAGAGUGUCCCAGAUGGCAUGAGCACCAGUCUGGAUCAGCUCAAGGGUGUUGCCCUGGUGGACCGCACCUCUCGCCCAGAGACCAUCUGCCUGCUGCGGGUGGAGGAUCUUCCUGAGGACACACAAGAGCGCUUUAACCACCUGUUCACACUACGAGAAAAAUGGACUGACGAUGACAUCACACCAUACAUACAGGAUUUGUGUGGAGAAAAACAGUCCACUGGAGCACUGCUCACAAAAUAUGCUCGAUCUUCAAUGCAGAAUGGAGUCAAAGUUUUUAACUCUCGAAGACCUGUAGCUACAUAAAUGUAUGUGCUUUUUCAUUUUUAAUUGUGUUUAAAAAUGCUGUUAUUAUCUUCUCUGUUGGUUUUAUUAAAGGUUUAAUGUUUAUAUAAAAUUGUUUAGGAAUAUCAUAUAUUUACCAAGUGGCAUCAUCCUUUCUACAGUUUGUCCACAAGGUGGUGGUAUUUACACUAACAUUCAAUUUUGUUCACUAGUAAUAAAGCCCUGAUCUUAAUACAAUAAAUGUUGAUAAAUUAAAAUGUAGUUAUUAUAUAUAACUGAGUGUUCCUUUGUAAUUGUAACCCACGGGGUGGGAAGUCUCUCCAAGGGUUUGGAUGGCACAGGCAAGUUGAUCAGAAAAAUAUGUCAUUAUUCAUUUUACAGUUACUUUAGUAUUUUGCAAGUUUUUUCUUUUUUUAAGUUGGUGAAGUUUUUCCAGCAUCAGAUGGGUGAUGAGAUGAUCAACAUCAUCACUGAAAUGUUUUCUGCUGUAUAAGCAGAGCAUUUAGGAAAGAAGCACUGUCAGACCAUGACAGUCAUCAAGCGUUUGAAUGAUUCAGAGUCAGACAUGUAUAAAAGAAAAAACACAGAUGUCCGUGUUUCAACACUUAUCCACCUACACAAUGACAUGACCCAUUGUCCCACUGACUAAUCCUGACACCAGCCCCAGGAAGGCCUGACUUAUCACUGUGUAGACAACGGAACUAAGAUGAAAAGGUUAUACAUGCAUUAAUCAGUGUCCUCUUAACAGCAGAAACUUCUUCAUUUUAA